AUGGCGCAUGCGCGCAACUCUUUUGUCUUCUCUGGAGAAAAUGCAAGUGGCCAGCAAGGCCCGAUCAACGGAUUUGGGAGGAACAAUUUUGUGAGUGGUGCCGUCUGGAAGUCUGGAAAGCACCGACCAGACCAAGAAGCGAUCGAUUUGGCCAGGCCGACACCAGAAGUUGUCCGAAGGGCUGGUCACCUGAACACGUCCAAGAUGGACUACGCUGGAGCUGUGGAUGUGGAAGAGAAGAUUGCGCAGGACUUGGAGAGCACCAGCGCCUGCAGUUCUCCUUAUUUGGUCGAGUCCUUGUUCGAAUUCCAAGCCGGAAGUGACCCAAACUCUCUUUCUUUCCAGAAAGGAAAUAAUUUGUUGAUUCUUCAUGAAAUCAAUACGAUCUGGUCAUUUGCCUGUGACGAAAAAGGAAAAACAGGCAGAAUCCCCAAUGGCUUUGUGAAGAGACUCGCUGAGAAGACUGACUUGCAAAAUGAUGAAACGCUAGAAUUACAUGGAGCAGAACUGGCGACUCGAUUAAGGAGGCUUGAAAGUGACAUUGAAUUCAUACGACGAGAUUUGUUUGUCAAGACCGUAGAAAUUAGGGAAUUGCUGCGGAUGCGUAGUACGUUAAAUAAAGACUUUGAAAGCGUCAAAAGUAUAUCUGCUCCACCUUCACCAACUCCACCGAAGAAAUCGCAAGCUAUAAUUACUUACAAAGUCCCCAAAAACACUUAUUUCAAAGUAGAGGUCUUAAUGAACUUUAAGGGUGGACAAGCGGAGCAUUUACCACUCAAUGUGGGUGACAUAGUUUUUGUCUUUGAUGCUUCCGAUCCUUUCUGGUGGCAUGGUGAGAGCAUAAAUGGGCUUGGAAAAUUCCCCUCUGUGUUUGUGGUACCAAGCCCCAUUGGCAAAGGCAAAUAGGGUUUUGCCCCCAGUCAGAUGCAUCCAUGAUGAGUAAAACAACAGUCAAGAGGAGGGAAAUGGCGACUAUGAUUGAGCUCUCAACAACUACCUGAUCAGAUCACCAGCAGGAGUUCACACAGUUUUUUACCAGCUGAAUUUACAUACACACUUCAUUUGCGCAUUUCUUUGACCAUAUAUCAUUAAGCCCUAGAUGAAAAUUUAUUAGUGUGUCAACCAAGAACAUUAUUCAUGUUGUAAAGAUCCAAUCCUUAUUCAAGAAACGGGAGCAUAAAAGAGAUUCCCCAUUGAUGUUCAUAUUGUAUCAGAUAGAAAAUAAAAUGUAAAUCAAUUAAUCACAGUGUGUUUACAGGCAUUGUGCUUUUGGCACAUUUUAUUCGAGCAGGGAAAUGCCAAUUAGCCAAACCAAAAUAAUUUUUUCUUCAAAAGAAAUUAAAAUUUUUGGCUAUUUUUACAUCCUUGGUAAAAACUAGAAUUUCUUUUUGUUUUCAAGCACAAAUUUUCCGACUCUUUUUUUCAUAGCAUUAUUAUUACACUUAGAGAAAAAUAUAGAUUUGUUCGGAUGACUUCUAUGUAACAAGCAUACUUACGAGGACAAAAAAGUGCAUAUUAUAUAAUUUUAUAUAAAACAUUUUUCACAAUUUUCAGGCGUUAAAAUUUAAAAAUCCCUUUGAAGUUAA